AUGUCGGAUUCUAAAAGGUCCUUUGUCUCACAAUUAAAUAUAUUCAAUAAGGAAAAUUAUUCCUUCUCUACAUCAUCUGCGAAGGUAGAACCAACUGUUUCAAAUGAUCAGAAUUCAGACGUCGAGGCUGGUCAACAAUUUGUUACUCAAUUAGAUCAAGGUGAAAAAAGAUUAGGUCUAUUCUCAUGUAUCGGUUUGAUUUGUAAUAGAAUGCUGGGUACCGGUGUCUUUGCCGUUUCUUCUACAAUUUAUACUUUAUCUGGUUCUAUUGGGUUAUCGUUAAUCUUAUGGGCUAUUGGUGCCAUCAUCGCUACCUCUGGUUUGUAUGUCUAUAUGGAAUUUGGUACUGCAAUUCCAAAAAAUGGUGGUGAAAAAAAUUAUUUAGAAAUGAUCUUUAAGAAACCCAAAUUUUUGAUUACUUCAAUGUAUGCAUCGUAUGUUUUCUUCCUAGGUUGGGCUGCUGGUAAUUCCGUCAAUACUGCAGUCAUGUUUUUAACUGCCGGUGAAGUUACAAUUACCACAUGGAAUCAAAGAGGUCUAGCUUGCGCUGUUGUCUGCUUUGCAUUCUUAGUCAACUCUUUAAGUGUUAAAACUGGUUUAUACAUUCAAAACUGUUUGGGUAUUUUCAAAAUUGUCAUCGUUAUAUUCAUCUCUAUCACCGGUUGGGUUGCACUUGGUGGUGGUUUAAAGCAUGGUUACAAGACUGACAAUUUCCACAAUGCUUUUGAAGGUACUGAAAAUGCUACCGCUUAUGGUAUCGUUAAUGCAUUAUAUAACGUUAUUUGGUCCUUUGUUGGUUACUCAAAUGUGAACUACGCCUUGGGUGAAGUUAAAGAUCCUGUUAGAACUUUGAAAAUUGCUGGUCCAACUUCAAUGGUCUUCGUUGCUAUUAUUUAUAUCUUCGUUAAUAUCGCUUACUUCGCUGUCGUUCCAAAGGAAACUUUGAGAAGCUCUAAGUUGAUUUUGGCUGCUGACUUUUUUGAUAUUGUUUUUGGUUCUAGUGGUAAAAAGGCAGCCUCUGCCAUCGUUGGUUUAAGUGCUUUGGGUAAUGUCAUGGCUGUCGUCUUCUCACAGGGUAGAAUCAUUCAACAAUUAGGUCGUGAAGGUGUUUUGCCAUUCUCAAGUUUCUUUGCCAGUUCCAAGCCUUUGAACUCACCAAUGGUUGGUCUAUUCCAACAUUUCAUCGUCUGUGUUGUUACAAUUUUGGCUCCUCCACCAGGUGAUGCUUAUAACUUCAUUUUGAACUUGAUUUCUUACCCAAUGAAUAUUGUCAAUUUGGCUGUCAGUUGUGGUUUGUUAUGGAUCUACUGGCAACGUAGAAAGGGCCUUAUCGAAUGGAACCCUCCAAUCAAGGCUGGUGUCAUUGUUACUUCUUUCUUUGCUUUAUCCAACUUAUAUUUGGUCGUUGCUCCAUACGUUCCACCAACCAAUGGUGAAUCUGUGUAUCAACAUUUGCCUUACUGGAUUCACUGUGUUAUCGCUUGGCUGGUCUUUGGUAUCGGUGCCUUAUACUACUGUGUCUGGACUCAAAUAUUACCAAGAGUCUUCAAAUACAAAUUGGUCACCAAGGAUAUUCUUGGUGAAGAUGGAUUCUGGAGAAAUGAGAUUAUUAAGGUAUAUGAUAAAGAUAUAAGAGAUGACAGCGAAAAGGAAGAUAACGACUCACAGAACGAUGUUAUCUACGAAACAGAAAAUGGGGAAUUAUCCAAAGUUAACAUUAAUAAUAAAGUUAGCAAUCCAACAACAAGUAAUUCCGAUUAA